UAUAAUGAUUAUCUAUUUAGAUAAGUACAAUAAAUUUUAUUUUAUUCGAUAGUCUUUGCCAUUUCCAACGUCAAACGUGAGUAAUGGAAACUUAACUGGUUUAACAGACGAGGUUCUGUCUACUUUAUUUGCUGUAAAACCAGAAUUGUGUGAACAAAAGUUUGAAUUGAAAGUAAAUGACGUUCGCUUCGUUGGACAUCCGACUCCUGUCCUUUCCCGUAGCUUCAAGGAAGUGAAUUCUUCUAUGCUUUUCAAUAUAGUUUUCGCAUUGCAAGCCCAAGCGAGUCAUUCCAUAGUGAGAUGUUAUUAUGAUCUGAGCAAAAGAUUAGGUAUAGCCUUGAGACACGAAGAAAAGAGAUGUGGUUUCUUAACGGAUGAGAUAAAAAUAAUGGUAUCGACACAUGAUGAAAUUGCUGGAAGAUCGGAAGGUGAAAGUGAUUGCGACGAAUCACCCUAUGAAUUGAUCCUUCAGAGAAGCUCACUAGCGCGUGGUCUAAAAUCUGUAUUUAGCAAUCUCAGCACUUCUGGUAUCGUCAAUAUCGUGAUUAACAAAUGGAUUCAAGUACGCUUUUGUCUCCCACAAAAAGUUCAUCAGUCGCACAAAAAAGGAUUGCUUAUAGAUCCCGAAAUUAUAGACAGGUGUUUGAAUAGCUUGAGACCUUACCAUGGCAUACUUUUGUUAACUGAACCAUUAGAUUUGUUAGAAUCGUUGCAAAUAGAUUGUUCCCCUGCGCUUAAACGUUUGAUUCAAAUGUAUAAUCCGUUGAAAAGUUUACAAACUUUAGCUGCGGAUUCGGAUCUGACACUCGCCCAGGUGUUUCAGCUAGCUGGCCAUUUAGUUUACUGGGCAAAAGCUACGAUAAUUUAUCCACUUUGCGAAAGCAACGUUUACGUUGUCUCUCCUGAUGCUGUUUUGAAUAGUCAGUUGCUAGAUUCUUUUUCCGAACACUUUCCAGGAAUUUGUUUACUUCAGGUAAUCAGUGAUUUCUCCCUACCAACUUCGAUUAGUCAAAAGUUAAAUCCCUUGAGCCAACCACAACAGCAAACGCAAUUAGUAAAGAUAAUCAUAUGGCUGCUAAAAAAUCAUUUGCUUCUACAGUUGCAUACAUAUGUACGAUAUAUACCGACGAUAUAUGGACGCUUAUCCUUGGAUACGAAAGAUCAAGGGACGCGUGAUGCAAGUGCGAUAGAAGAAAGCGAAAGCACAUGGAAUUUGAAUGAAACACCGAAAGAAACACCUGUCAAAAUCAAAGAGGAAUUGUCGCUCACUGAUAAGGAGCAGGAUGCAUUAUAUGAUUAUCAAUCGGAAGAUUAUGAUAUUCCCUCUGACGAUAGGAAAUUAUUGGAUAGAUUGUGCCGUCUUGGUUAUUUUGAUGGUGAUUAUCACUUGGAAGAGAUUAUGUAUUUAGAAAAUAUUCGUAGAUCUCAAUUGUUACAGCUACUUGAUAAAUUUCGGGAUGUUUUAAUGACUUCCGAGUGCGAAGAUCCUGCUAUAGCGCUUUUUUACAGUCGAUUAGAUACUUGAUUUUAGGUAGAAAAAAAAAAAGAUAAUUCAUUCGAUGUGAUAGACUAGUAUUUUUCGAUUAAAAAAUGCGAUACGAAAUAUUACAAACGUAAUCUGUAUAAUCUUAAAUGCAUACUUCUAGGAAAGAAUAUCGUAAUUUCGUAAUUUUAUCGUAAUUUUUCAAAUAAAGAAUAUUUUCAUUU